UUCAAAGAUUAUUAUUUACAAUAAGUAUCGCGCACAUCUGUGACAGCACAAUCUACAGCAGAUCUACAGUAGAGGACUCGCCUUCUUCAACGAGCUGAUUGGCUGGAGGACCUGUCAAUCUACAGUGGCUUUCUCGCCAGCACUAGCAAACUCGGUUGCAGUAAGAAGUUUCUAAAAAGACACUUGGGAUUAGUUUUGUUACGAUGUAGCUGUUUCUCUCUAGAAAUGUGAGUAGUAUUCGGAUUCAGACAGCUUGGAAAGUAAUGAAAAAUCGGAUUUAAACUGAGCUGAUAAUAUUGGUCAAGUUGCAGUGAUGAGACGAGGGGAUCCUCUCCCUCGAGCCUUUCAGGCUCCUGUGGAUGUACAUGCCAGUGCGGAUGGCCAAGUGUACAUGUUCGGAUACAGACGAGAAGAAGAGUCAUCUGAGGAUGAGGAACUCAAUGUCAUGGAGCUACGGCCGCGGAGCAGAGAGUUGUACUCACAGGAGAGAGAAAGAGUGGAGGAAAUACUCUUGUUGGAACGGGACAUCUCACAUGAGGACAAUCUCAACAAACUGGCCCUGCAAUACGGAUGCAAGGUGGCUGACAUAAAAAGGGUAAACAACCUUUUUCAAGAGCAGGACAUGUAUGCACUGAAGUCAAUCAGAAUCCCUGUAAAGAAGCAUGGCUUGCUAACCAAGGCCAUCUCUGAGCUCAAGAACCCCCAGCAAAGAACCUGCAAUGACGUAGCGUCAUCAAACAGUGCCGAAGCAAACAUCUCGGGAACACCUCAGGUGCAGGAGUACACCAAUUACCUUAAAGAGGUGGACAGUGACAUUGAGCGUCUGAUCCAAAGCACAGUCCCCUCAGAAGACGUCCUUUCCAGUGAUUCCUGGAUAUCCAGGCAACAGGGGUGGAAAAGCCGGUAUUUGGGCAGCUAUGGUGCAGACUGGGGGAUCCAGUGGUGGAAUGCUGUAAUUGCAAUGUUACUCAUUGGCAUUGUCCUGCCAAUAUUCUAUGUGGUAUAUUUUAAAACUCAACAUAAUAGUGUAUCAGUAGUGUACAAUAUAGUAGGCAACAUCACGGGUAACUUCAAUACCUCAAAGAGUAAGGGGUGAGCGUCAGCACAGUAAUAUAAAAAAGUAAGUAUAACAUUUGAAAAUUUGAAAUUUGGUUUCAUGCCUACAUUUUUCUUUGCUAAUUGGCAGAAAAAAACUUUGUAUUACAAGUUCACAUUAUUAUGGUACAAUCAUUUAAGUGAACAGAUCACCCAAAAUAAAAAAGGUAACAUUUGGGUUUCAAAUAUAACAGCACGUUAUUCAAAAUAUAUGUACCAUAGAAAAAAAAAACAUUAUUUAAAGACAUAAAUAUGGAGAGACAUGAGGGGUAAAUGAUGACAUAACUGUCACUGUAAAUUUUAUUUGCGUAUAGUGAAGGUACAUAAUGAAACAAUUUGACAAAUGAGAUUAUGAGUUUGCAUUGCACAAAACUGAGUGUUGCAUCUGCUUACACUUUACACUCAGACUGCUGGAACUGUUGUUAAUGGUUUCAUGGGUGCUAUUUAGCUGAAUUAUGAAAUGGUUAUAAAAAAAUUUCUUUGUGAAGAAAAAAAGUAAUUAUGAAACACUGCCUUUCUCAUCAAAUUGAUCAUAUGUGUUGUGGUCCUGUCUUUGUAUAUCAAUGCUUGAUGAAAUUCAUGCAAAAAAAAAGGUUUGAUGUUUUGCAACUUUAUACCUGUUUGUCGGAAUGGUAUUUUGUGCUAGCUCACAAUUGUAUUAAUUUCUUUGUUUUGAUUUUACCAGAAAACUACUGCCAAACAGUUUCAAUGUGCUAACAGUGCCAAAUAAUUAACUUGUAUUAAAUAACUGUUUGUUCAGUUUGAAGUGCAAUAAAAAAUCAUGUGCAGAUGGACACAUUCUGACCUUUGGAUAUUAAAAGAUA